AUCCGAAGAAAAGGUCAAAGUUCAUGCCGACUGAGAAAAGUACAGAUUUUCUCAUUCCUCAGGAAUUUCCCAUUCCCAGAAUUUCAUAGCAUAGGAAAAUAAGGAAUUUUGCAAUGUUCCUGAAAUCAGGUAGAGUAAGAGCUGUGAGUGACGAGGCAGCAGGGGCCCAAAUCAGUAUAAAUAUCAGCACUUCUGCACACAUUUACCAUCAGACAGAAGGACUCAGCUCACAACAAUCAUCCAGACCAGGAGAAAGAGUCAAACUUGAGCCUCUCAAAGCCUCCUAAGAUGAAGACGUUCAGUGUUGCAGUUGCAGUGGCCGUCGUGCUCACAUUCAUCUGUGUUCAGCAGAGCUCUGCUGUCCCAGUCACUGAAGAGCAGGAGCUGGAGGAGCCAAUGAGCAUGGACUAUCCAGCAGCAGCACAUGAGGAGGCAUCAGUGGACUCAUGGAAGAUGCUGUAUAACAGCAGACACAAGCGUGGCAUCAAGUGUCGCUUUUGCUGUGGCUGCUGCACCCCGGUAUGUGGAGUUUGCUGCAGGUUCUGAGGAUUCCUGCUCCAACAACCACUCAGUAUUAACAAACUGUAUGUCACAGACAAUGUGUGAGAUUAUACUGUUUUAGUCACAUUGUGUCCUCAGUUACUGCCUCAACUACAUGCUUGUAUUACACAGUUUAUCACAAUAAACUUUAUGGUCAUAUAGA